AUGUUUGAUUCAUUCAAGGAUCCGGGAUUUUUAAGUAUAAGCGAAAAAGCUGACCGUGAAACAUUAAGUACAAUUGAACAUAACUAUUAUAACGAAGAUGAUUUCGAUGCAAAAGAAUAUGAACUUCAAAAAUUACUUUCAUCACAAGCUGGUAAUCCGUUUUUAAAUCUUUCCGAUGUAACUACACGUCGAGACUGUCUUGCUAAUCAAUUAGCAGUCGUAACAAAGCGCGUAUCAAAAUUAAUUCUCGAAAAUAGUUCAUCGUACACUGCAGAAUUACAACGUGUUACUGUGUUAACAAGUGCAUUAGAAGGUUCUAUUGAAACAUGUCAUAGAGCUCGAAGAAACCUACGCCGUGCACAAUAUCAGAUAACAACACGAAAUUUAGGGUUAAUUAGAAAUGCUAUGCGUAAACAGCAAUGGAUUAAUGUUCUUCGGAAUAUUGAAAAAUUAAAAAAACUACAUAGUAUCGAUCAAAAAUUGAAAGAAAUGGUUAAGCACGAAGACUUUGUUGGUGCAAUUCAAUUAUGUACACAAUGUGAAAAUACUGUUCUUCAUUAUAAAGAAUAUACAUGUAUAGGGGAUCUUUCGACGAAACUUCAAGAUACAUUAGAUUUUAUUGAAGAAUCUAUCGAUGUAACAUUAGCUAAACUUUGUUCAAAUUUCAAUCCACAUACAUAUCAACGUUUACUAAAUGCGUAUCGUGUACUUGGAAAAUCAUUAACGUUUAUGGAUCAAUUACAAAUGCAUUUUGUUAAUGUUGUACAAACACGUGCAUUAGAUAUUCUAUUAAAAACCGUUGGAACACAUAACGAUCAAAAUCUAUCAUCGUAUAAUGAUUUAUGCAAAAUCAUUUCAGAAGAAUCCUUUUACAGCUGCCUGCAUGAACUCAAUGUAUGCUUUUGGCAAAUUGUUAAAUCUUACAAAUUAAUUUGGCUUUGGCAUGAAAAGAAUCCGGCAUCGAUUGAAGCUACCCAAGGUGAUAGACCUGAGCCAAGCCAAGAAUUUCUUAUUCAAAAACUCGAAGGCGGAUCAAGUCGUUUAUGGCAUGAAAUUCAACAAAAAAUGAAAACAUUUAUUCUCGAAAAUAAUAUGACAACUUUCAAAUUUGAAGCAUUUAUACAAGUACUUAAAGUUGUCAAUCGACUUAUGGAAAUAGGUGAACAAUUCUGUCGGAAUGAUUCUAGUAUACUUCAAGAAGCAAUGCGACGACAAAGUAUAGUUUAUUUUCGUUCAUAUCAUAAUGGCCGUUUAGAUGAAUUGAAAAUGUUUCUUGAAAAUGAAACUUGGCAACGAUGUCCAGUUAAAUCAACCUUUCAUAUAACUCAAUUACAUGAAUUUCGAUUUCUACGUGAAACACCUUCGUUUGGAUCCGAUUUAGCGACUUCGACAUCAUUCAAUCAGAAGUCUGAUCUUGAUUUGUUCGAUCGAUAUUUGUAUACGGAACGAGAACAUCCAUUUGAUCUCGAUCAAACACACGCAGGACUAUCAUCUUCGCCAUCACAAUACAGUGAUACGAAUUCGCUAGAGGCCGACGAUUUAAAUCUGACCAAUGGAAAUUCAUAUUAUGAAAGAAAAAGUCGAUCUCAUUCAAAUUCAUCGACUGAAUCAGACAUUGAACAUGGCCGCGAUGAACAAAAAAAAUCCUCGACUCUUCAUAACCAUUCUCGAUAUCAUGAAGGAAAAAAUGCACCCACUAUUGUUACAAAUACAACUUUAAAUGUAACCAGAUUAUUUGGUCGAUAUAUGGAAAUGAUCGAAAUGCUUAAACCUAUUGCAUUCGAUGUUAUUAUUUGUAUGACACAACUUUUUGAUUAUUAUCUUUAUACAGUUUAUACAUUAUUUGCUUGUGAUAUGAAUGAAAUUCCAGCUGAUGCACUAAGUAGUAGAUUAAGGUAUACAAUUAAACGAAUUAAUGAUAAUUUAAUUGCCAAUAAUGAUUCAGAAGCAGCACGUCAUGAAAAAAUAGCCGCUGCUCAUUUAUCACCAUUAGUGGAUCUAAAUGGGCCUAGAAGUAUUCUCUAUGGUCUUCCACCACGCAUUGUUGCUGCUGAAUCACUUGUUUUUCUUGCCGAACAAUUUGAUUUUCUUCUUCCGUAUUUAAAAUUAAUGAUACCGUCGGAACGUCACGGAUUUUUAACUCAAUUCUAUUCUCAAACUAUUCAAGUAACACACGAAUUACGUAUUCCAAUUUAUCAUAAUGUAUCAGCGAAUAUUCUUGAUUAUAUGUCAAUUGCAUUAAUGAUAAGUAAAGUUAAUUGGGAUAUAGGAGAAAUUCUAACACAACAUAAUGUCUAUGUUGAUAAACUUGCGAAUGAACUACAAACGUUUCGAAAUCAAUUCGAUCAUAUUAAUGAACAAUUAUUACCAGUACCAAAAGCUGUUUAUAGAACAAUAUGGGAUCAAAUAUUAGAUAAAAUAUUUUACACUAUGGUCGAAGGAUAUGCAAGUGCAAAAAAAUGUAGUAAUGAAGGUCGAGCAUUGAUGCAACUUGAUUUUCAACAAUUACUUCGAAGAUUAGAGCGGAUUAUUGGAGAUCUCAAACCUUUGCCACAUAAAGAAUUCGUUGAAAAUUACAUCAAAGCAUAUUAUUUACCUGAACAAUCAAUUGAUCAGUGGGUUCGAGAUAAUACGAUGUAUACAAUAAAACAACGAAUGGCAUUAAUAUCAAUGAUGUCACUUUUAAGUAGAAAGAAACGUGCACAAUUAACGCAAUAUCUUGAUGAACAAGAGCGAUCUCGUACUCCAGUGCUGACAUCUUAA